AUGGGCAUGUUCUGUCAUACAAAUCCAAUAGUCGCCCCAGCCUCGGUUUGGACAAACAAAAAUUUGGCAGAAUUUAAAGAGGCUAUUAAAAAAGAAGGGCCGGAAGGAAUUUUGAAAAUAGGACAUGGAGAAACUGUUACAGUUCGUGUGCCAACACAUCCUGAAGGGAAUUCGUUGUUCUGGGAAUUUUGUACAGAUUAUUAUGACAUUGGAUUUGGCGUUUAUUUUGAAUGGACGGUUGCUGAAACUAAUCAAGUAACAGUCCAUGUUGAUGAAAGUGGAGAUGAAUAUGAAGAGGAUGAAGCUGAGGCUAGUGGUGGUGAUGUUGAAAAGAAAGGAGGAGGUGAUGUUGAAGCUGAGGCGGCUAAAAAGGCUGUGGAUCCUAAUAAGCCUAGAAUUGAUGAAAUUAUUCCGACUUUUCGUAAAGACAGUCAUCAAGAAGUCUUUUUUGGUUCUCAUUUUUAUCCUGGACGAGGAAUUUAUUUGUUAAAGUUUGAUAAUUCUUAUUCUCUUUGGCGGUCGAAAACUCUCUAUUAUCGUGUAUUUUACAGCAAAUAG